AUGGUCUGGUCUAUCGUUCGCACCUCACCCAAUAGUCUGUCAUUUAGCAGUCCAUCGGCUUUGCAUCAAAUAUAUGGCUCACGUGCUGUUAAUGUACGCAAGUCUCAAUUCUAUGAGAUUCUCGACGGUGGAGCUGGAGGUUCCACUACCCAUACAGAGAUUGACAAAAACCGACAUGCUGCCAGACGUCGAAUUCUCAAUCUCGCUUUCUCCGAAGCGGCACUCAGAGAGACUGAGUUCUUUGUCAUUGACAAUGUCAGGAAAUUUAUCAAACUCAUUGGGUCCGACAGUGGCCUGAGAGCGGAGGCGGGACUUUCUCCAGAGCUCCCGGAGAAUUUGAAAGGAUCGGACAGCCACAAUCAUGGAGACUGGAGUCCCGCUCGAAACAUGAGCAGGUAUCUUGAUUGGCUAGCCUACGAUAUCAUGGGCAAUUUGGUAUUCGGCAAAGGCUACAAUUGCCUGGGAAGUGAAGAAUAUCGGGAAAUGCCUCGUAUCGUCACGGAAGGAACCAAAUUUGGAUACUGGGUAAGUUAUCAGACCCCUUACUUUUCUAAGCGAACCCAUUGUUAA